AUGGUGGAAGAUCGGUUGGAGGCUUGUGACAAGUGGAAUCUAUCGAUCAGUGUGGCAAAGAUCUUGUGGGCCAUGGAUAAGGUAGGCUAUCUGGGACACCGAGUGUCGAUCGGAGGUCUGGAAGCCAACCCAAAAGAUCUGAAAUCCCUGACCGAUUUACCAUUCCCCGGGUCACUCCGCGUUCCUGGCCGGUUCAUUGAAGACUACGCUAUUUACGCCUCGGUGCUAUAUGAACUACGCGAGGUGGAGUUUGCAGAACUGGAGAAACGAUCGGAUCUGAGGAAGAUCAUGGACCAGAACGACCCGAUUGCACGGGAUCACGACCCACCAGAACUGCAGCUGGCGGGGCCAUUAGAUGAG